UGUGGCUGGGGAAUUCAUGUGGAGGUCAGAGUGGAAGCAGGUGUGAGAGGGUCCAGCAGAAGAAAACAUGGCUGCCAAAGUGUUUGUGUCCAUUGGCAAGUUUGGCCUGGCCUUAGCUGUUGCAGGAAGCAUGCUGAAUUCUGCCUUAUAUAAUGUGGAUGCUGGUCACAGAGCUGUCAUCUUUGACCGAUUCUGUGGAGUACAGGACAUUGUGGUAGGGGAAAGGACUCACUUUCCUAUCCCAUGGGUACAGAAACCAAUUAUCUUUGACUGCCGUUCUCGACCACAUAAUGUACCAGUCAUCACUGGUAGCAAAGACUUACAGAAUGUCAACAUCACACUGCACAUCCUCUCCUGGCCUGUCACUAGCCAGCUUCCUUGCAUCUUCACCAGCAUCAGAGAGGACUAUGAUGAGCGUGUGCUGCCAUCCAACACUACCAAGAUGCUCAAGUCAGUGGUGUCUCGCUUUGAUGCUGGAGAACUAAUCACCCAGAGAGAGCUGCUCUCCAGGCAGGUGAGUGACAACCUUACGAAGUGAGCAGCCACCUUUGGGUUCAUCCUGGACGAUGUGUCCUUGACACAUCCGACCUUCGGGAAGGAGUUCACAGAAGCAGUGGAAGCCAAAGAGGUGGAUCAGCAGGAAGCAGAGAGGGCCAUAUUUGUGGUGGAAAAGGCUGAGCAGCAGAAAAUAGCAGCCAUCAUCUCUGCUGAGGGUGACUCCAUGGCAGCCGAGCUGAACCCCAACUCACUGGCCACCGCAGGGGACGGCCUGAUUGAGCUGAACACGCUGGAAGCUGCAGAGGACAUCGCGU